GUUCGCAUCGAACGAACGCCCGCCGUGCACCGUUCGGAAACCGGCUCGCUACGUAUAUAAGUUAUUUUGUGAACUGAAACUUAACUAGUGCGUGUACAUUUCGUGAAGUGAAUUUUGUGAAUCACUUUGUUAGUGUUUGUGUCGUGUUAAAUUAACAUACAUUUGCUACGAUUUGUGGAAUUCUAACCAGUUUUUGAACUUGCGUCAAUUAAGCUGACUGCUAGUUGUCAUAAACUAAAAGUUGACACAGACCACUGGGCUUAUAAUGUCGUAAGGUACAUGUUGACAUGAGAGGAUGAGCCAUGGAAUCACGCAGUGCGCCGCCGAGCCCCGACGAGUCUGGGGAGGCGGUGUUCAACUCUCGUUGUCUUCAAUAUCAUCAAACGCCUCUGCAGAGGACAUUUGCGAGCUGCAGAGAAAACACAAGGCCCCGGCCUCAUCAUCGACAUGCAGUGUCAGAACCGGCUCGCCCGGAUGAAAGAGUUUUCACAACGGCCGAAGUACACGACUAUCCCUCAUCAGAAUCGGGCAUUGCGGCAGACUGUCCACAUGCCCAUAGUAGCAAUGCUGAUGAUAGCCCUUGUUAUGAUCGCUCAGAUUAUGAAGGUAAUUCAAGCUAUAGUCUGAGACAUAACUAUAAUCACACAAGUGACUGUAAUAAGCAUCGUUCAGAAUUUCAUCGGAGUCACACUCCAGACUAUAAUGAGCAUGGCUCAGAUAGUGAUAGAGGACAUCCACGUAGUCAAACAACUCGUAGACCGCACAGAAAACACAGGCGAGAAGAAGACGAUGGUGCGCAAUCUCUCGAUGAGCGAUGUGCACGUGAUCUUGAUGAAAUUUUACCCGCCCGACUCGCCGGUAUAAAUUUAUUACGCGAUCAACCAUCGCAAUCAUGGAACCGUAGCAAUAUUGCUGCUACUAUGGAGCGAUUUGAGCCCGUCGAUUAUUCAUACGCCUAUUAUGACCAUCAUUUAUCAAUGCCAUCGUCAUCGAGAAAAGCGAAUCGACAACGUGGACGCGGCUUACCGAGAGAGCGAUCUGCUCGCCAUAAUUACGUAACACGAUACGGUACAGAGGAAAAUAUUUAUGAAGAAAUUACAGAUGGUUCAAGAACAUGUCCAAAACAUAGACACGCUCCAAGGCAAUCUCUUAUUUCCCUUGACAGAAGUGUUGUCGAAGAAGAAGUACGUCGAGUAGAAUCAAGACAUAAAAGAAUAUUAGGCGAGUUAAACUUAAGUGUAGAAGCUAUGCUUAUGCCUGAAUGCGAGUCACCUGACUCGGAAAGAGCUGAAGAUAGAGACAAUAUUGAGGAACUAUUGAGAGUGGGGCCUACGGAUGAACUUCUAUCACCAGCAAGUUGUAAUCCUCCAGAUUUAGACAGUGGUUUUAGUGGAAGUAGUAGCGGUGCUAGUUAUGUAGGUAGCUUGCGAAGAAAACCCACCGGUUCUGUGCCCCAUUUACCUGCUGUGGCCUAUGGAACCCGCGGGGCUGGAGUUCGAAUCUUAGGUGCUGACGAUUGUCAAUUACGAUGCCCUAGAGACAUUCCGUCACCUCGUAGCUCAAGUUGUGGUGACGCAAAGUCAACAGGCUUUUGGAAUAAGAAAGCAUGGAAAAAGAUAUCUGGUUUUUCAAGUUCUAACAGCAUUAACAAAGCCGGACUUACUGGUCUGCUCGUUAGGUACACUUUCCGGCGUAAAUCCGGAUCGCAGGGCUCUCAAGGCAAGCGAAGACCUGAGCCCGUCAAAUGCGAUGCGUGCCUCUCUCAACGAUGUUAGCCGGUCAAUGCUACUCAAACGGAAAACUGGUGGUGCCGUUGGAUUCCCUAGCACAGAGCUGAAUAUUUGGAUACAACAAUUAUAAAUAAAUAAAUUUAACAGUCUGUGAGUCGCUAAAUCGAUUUUGAAAUGAGAUAAAACAUAUGUUUUACAAUUCCUAAACGGGCAACAAAUUGAUAUUAUUACAAAAUUGUAAGCUUUUUGAAAAUUAUAAGUUAAUUUAAUUAUGCUAAUGGGAUAAUCCAUCGUUGAUAAUUUUUGACAAUCACCGCUAUAACUAUCGGAAGGUUAUUUUCCUUUUAAAUAUGUUUGGACAUUACUAUAUAUUUAUGGACAUUCCAAUCAAGUAGCGAAAAUAUGUCUUAUAUUAAAUCAGUCUUAAAGACCCUGUAAAUAAUGUAAAUAAAGGCAAGUAUACGUUAAAAAGCAAGUUUCAUAGAAACAGUAAUUGUUGAUAAACCAGAAAGGCUGAAGUUUCAGUUCAUAUUAAACGUUGAUUAAAAAAAAGGCUCUAAAGUAUUUUCUACAAAUAUAAUCACGUUGUUUUCGGCUUUUUUACAUAUAUUUGGUGCUUUGCUGACAAAUAUAAGCUGCAGUUACAGUAAAGUUUUCGAUAUAGUAUAAAAUAUAAUAAACUGAGUUUUAAAGACGACGUCAUGACUGUUAGAUCGAAAUAGUUUUAUAUCAGCGUGAAUGAAAUUUAUAUAAAUUGUGAAACAUAAUGACAGUUAGAUAGACAAGGAAGACUAUUUGCAAAAAUUGGUUUUCUAAUUUUAAGACCUAAAAAUGACAUUUCUUUUCAUAAAACAAGGAAUUUAGAAUGUUAAAAUAUAUGAGAGAUUUUGAAUAAAAAUGCGUAAUUUUUUCUGAGAAGGCUUGCAGUUUUAAUAAAUUUUAUGGUCCAACAUAACCGUAACUUAAGAAUAUUGUAUCAGAAAUUGUUUAUAGUUGUUGGAACUUGUAUAUUAUGUAAAUAGAUAUAUGGUUAUGUAAAUACAAUUGCUGCCAUUAAAAUACUCUUGGUGUAAAGUAGAACUGAAAGUAAUUUUGUUAUUUUAUAAACCUACUCAAUACGUCAACAAAUUGGUCUUUUAUAUUAAGUUCUCUGUGUAAUAAUAAUAGUUCAAGUGUAAACUCUAUAUAACGCACUCGCAUAUUUGGACGUUACAAAGAGUUAAAUGUAAAGAAGAAAAAUCUGUAUUAGAAAAAGAACAAGUUUUUUACAGACUAGGAAUUACAUAAAACAAAAUUCUUAUUUGAACGCUAUUGCGUAUGUUGUUAUUUUUGCCUGGUGUUUAUUGCUGCAGCAGAAAUUAGGUUGUUUUUUUAUAUUGAGGCAUCUUCGUGAUAAAUCACAUUCAAGCAAUCCCAAUUUGUAAACAAAAGAACGGAUUUCUUAGUUUGUUGGGUACGUAUGAUGCCGAUAGUCGAGUUUAUUACGGGCAACGACAAUAAAUCAACAAAAUACCGUACACAGUUCUGCAGUUUUACCUAAGCUCGGCAACUAAAAAGUACUUUUUUGAGCGUAAUGCUUUGUAUGGAAGACAAGAUAAACCAACCAAAGCCUAGUGAUUUCGACACUUUAGGGAGUUUGUCGUUAAAUCAAGACGUUACAUGGAGAUUACACUGUAAUUAUAAAGAAAAUUCUAUGUACCAUACGAAACUCAACGUAAUUAUAAGAUGCGGAUCAUCAUACUAUACUUGUCACCAUGGUAUCUAUUUUACAUGGAAAUUGUAUUAAAAAUUAAAGUAUCGCUGGCAUUUCCUGUUAAUUUAUAAAAAAAUAAGAAUCAUAGUAACGCGGUGUACAGUCCACGUUUUUGUUUUAAAAUAUAUAUUAAUACUGUCUAUGUAAAUUAAUACACACGAUAUUAUGAAAUAAAUAAUAUUACGCUUUCAUAUAAUGCCGAACCAAUGUAGCAUGAAGAAGGCAUUAUGAAGUUAUCAAUGUGAUCAAAACACUGUAAAUAUUUUAUUUAUCACGCUUUAUAUAAUAAAAUGUAUAAUAGUAUUUAUAAUUGUUCUAAUCAGCGAGUUAUUAUUUUGUACGUACUGUAAACUCGACUGAUGUUAAAACGAAUAAUCAAUGUUACACAUUUGUCUGUAAUUUAGUGAUUGUGUUCAAGUCAAAAGAGAUUUUUAUUAAAUAUUAAAAAUCAA